AUGGCGGCAGGCAACAUCAAGGUGGUGGUGCGCGUGCGGCCUCUCAAUGGCCGCGAAAUCCAGCGCCAGUCAAAAUGUGUGGUGCAGAUGAAAGACAAUCAGACCAUCCUUAUUCCUCCUCCCGAUGCCGAGGAGCGAUUGAGAAAGAGCGGCGGCAAAGGAGCGGAUGGCCAGAAGACAUUCGCAUAUGAUAAGAGCUAUUGGUCUUUCGAUCGCAAUGACCCCCAUUUUGCUGGGCAGGAUCACCUCUUCAAUGACCUUGGGAAACCGCUCCUUGAUAAUGCCUUUCAAGGAUACAAUAACUGUAUAUUUGCAUACGGACAGACAGGUUCGGGAAAAUCCUACAGCAUGAUGGGCUACGGCGAAGAAGCGGGAGUCAUACCUAGAAUUUGUCAAAGCAUGUUUCAAAGAAUACUUGAACAACAACGGAAUGAUGCAAAUCUGAAAUAUACUGUCGAAGUCUCAUAUCUUGAGAUCUACAAUGAGCGUGUCAGGGACCUUUUGAACCCUGCAAACAAGGGCAAUCUGAGAGUUCGAGAACAUCCAUCGACUGGACCCUACGUUGAAGACUUAGCAAAGCUUGCAGUGAGGUCAUUUGAAGACAUAGACCAUCUCAUGGAUGAGGGCAACAAAGCGAGGACGGUAGCUGCGACAAAUAUGAACGAGACAUCCAGCCGCUCACAUGCUGUGUUCACCCUCACAGUCACUCAGAAGAGACACGACGUUGAAACCAAGAUGGCAGGUGAGAAAGUGUCGAAGAUAAGUCUGGUAGACUUAGCAGGAUCUGAGCGGCAAACAUCGACUGGAGCUACUGGGUCCCGCCUAAAGGAGGGCGCUGAAAUCAAUCGCUCUCUGUCAACUUUAGGUCGUGUCAUCGCGGCUUUGGCGGAUCUUUCCACUGGGAAGAAAAAGAACAUGUCAAUGGUCCCUUAUCGUGAUUCAGUCUUGACAUGGCUUCUGAAGGACUCACUUGGUGGAAACAGUAUGACAGCCAUGAUUGCUGCAAUUUCGCCUGCAGACAUUAAUUUUGAAGAAACUCUGAGCACGCUUCGGUACGCUGACUCUGCUAAGAGAAUCAAGAAUCAUGCUGUCGUGAACGAAGAUCCGAAUGCUCGAAUGAUCAGAGAGCUCAAGGAAGAGCUUGCACAACUAAGAUCGAAAUUGAGCGGAGGAGCUGUGCCCGGCGGAAUUGCUCAGGAGCAAUACGCUCCAGAUACGCCGUUAGACAAGCAGAUUGUAUCUAUCACUCAAGCGGAUGGAACCGUCAAGCAGGUAUCAAAGGCAGAGAUUGCAGAGCAACUGAAUCAGUCAGAAAAACUCUAUGAAGACCUCAACCAGACCUGGGAGGAAAAGCUCGAAAAGACUGAGAAGAUACACAAAGAGCGUGAGGCCGCGCUAGAAGAAUUAGGCAUUAGCAUUGAGAAAGGCUUUGUUGGGGUGUCGACUCCGAAGCGGAUGCCCCAUCUUGUAAACUUGAGCGAUGAUCCGCUGCUGGCCGAAUGCCUUGUCUACAAUAUCAAGCCAGGUACUACCCUGGUUGGCAAUGUUGAGAACCCCAGUGAUCACACUGAGAUUAGACUCAAUGGCUCGAGGAUUCUCAGCGAACAUUGCUCAUUCGAAAACGAAAACGGACAAGUAACCUUAAUACCGAGAGAGGACGCAGCAAUCAUGGUAAAUGGUCAAUCUGUUAGCAAACCUUUUAGAUUACGAAGCGGAAAUCGUAUCAUAUUGGGCGAUUUCCAUAUUUUCCGUUUCAACCAUCCUCAAGAAGCCCGAGAGGAAAGGAAGGAACAAAGUCUUUUGAGACACUCCGUCACUGUCAGCCAGCUCGGGUCGCCAGCACAGCGCCCAAUGCAUAGUCGAAUGCAGAGCAAAGUCGAUUCAGACAUUGAGAGUGACCUAAGUAGACCGGAAUCUCCCAUGCCACCUAAAAGCAAUCGAGAAUCAGAUUGGUCAUUCGCUCGACGUGAAGCAGCUAACGCGAUCCUUGGGGCGGACCAAAAGAUCACUCAUCUCGCUGAUGACGAGCUCGAUGCUCUGUUUGAAGAUGUACAAAGAGCACGAGCCGCGAGGAAAGGUCGCUCAGAUUCAAGACUUUUUGGGACUGAGGACGAGGACUCCGAAUCCGCAGCCUCUUUCGCUAUCAGAGAUAAGUACAUGUCGAAUGGCACACUUGACAAUUUUUCACUUGACACAGCUCUCACAAUUCCAAGUACACCGCCCCAAAAUGGGGUUGAGGCCGCAGAAUCGGAGGACGGAAGACUGAUAUCAAUUCGAGAAGAUAUGCAGGUUCAGCUCGAUAAGCAGAAAGAGGAAUAUGAGGAGAGAAUGCGAGUUGCCGAAGUCUCUUCGACAAGUAAUGUUGAAGAAAUCAAGGCGGAAAAAGAGCGGAUGCAGAAGGCUUUGGACGCCGCUAAGGAAGAUUUCCGACAGCAACUUGAGCAACAGAAGAAAGCGUUCGCACAGCAGGUGCGGCAAGCUUCGAAAUCACCAACACCAAAGAAGCCUCGUGUAACCUUGGAUGGUCUUACAGAAUUGCCGGAGGAUGAGAAAGCCAUCAUCAGGACAUACUCCACACGAUGGCGACAGAUCGGAUAUGUUCGACUCUUGGAAGCUAUCUUAAGACAUGCGGCGACUCUCAAAGAGGCACAGAUUCUGAGUCAAGUGAUGGACAAGCAUGUAGUAUUCCAAUUCACCAUUGUUGGCGAGGGACAGGACACCUGCUCUUCGUAUGAUCUGGUCUUGAGUGACAUUUCAGGUGAUGAAGAUCCCGCUCUCGAAGCAGCCGCGAAGCCUUGCAUCGCGGUUCGUGUCAUGGACUACCAACACAACGUUGUCCAUUUAUGGUCUCUGGAAAAGCUUGAGCAGCGACUACGAACCAUGAGACAAAUGCAUCAAUACCUUGAAAAGCCCGACUACCUUCAACACUUCCGGCUGGAGAAUCCAUUCGUGGAAGCGGCUCUACCACAAUUCUCGCUUAUAGGUGAAGCUAAUAUUCCCCUCACUGCUGUUUUCGAGGCUCGCGUGCAGGACUAUGCAGUGGAGGUCUUUUCAAUGUACACAAUGCAGGCUAUUGGUGUCAUAAGGCUGUCAUUAGAGCCUUCCUCCGCGCAGGCUCCUUCGUCAAUGCUGAAAUUCAACGUCGUUAUGCACAACAUGGUUGGAUUUGCAGAGCGUGAAGGGAGCGAGAUACAUGGUCAGAUGUCCGUUCCAGGCAUCAGCCAGGAUGGCGGUGCCACCACAACUCAGAUAAUUAGAGACUUCGACGAGGACCCUAUCCGCUUUGAGAGCGUCCAUAGCAUGAGUCUGCCACGUAAUGCCUCUCGGGAUGCUGUGCUUCGAGUUGCGUUCUACUCAAGGGUGACUACAAUGCACCUUGAUAAGCUUCUGAGUUGGGAUGAAAUUCAAGAGACAGAACAAUCCGUGGGCGAGAAGAAUGUCCAAACACCUCGGCUAUCGGAGACAGAGUAUUGGAUGCAGGAAGAGCAUGACGUCUACGCAAAGAUCAAGAUCCUUGAGAUGUCUGAGACGGGCGAGUAUCUCCCCGUAGAAAUCGAACAGCAGAGCAAUCUGGACCCAGGAACGUACCAGCUCCACCAAGGCUUGCAACGUCGUAUCAUGCUCAACAUUAAUUGCUCAUCAAGUGAGUCACUCAAGUGGAACGAUAUCAAGUCACUCCGUGUCGGCGACGUCAAGCUAGUGGAUCCUAGUGGAUCAAUUCCUGACCAGCCAGAAUCAAGUCAACCUGUCACUCUUAGGCUUGUCCAAGACCCCAAGACUGUUGAGGAUGGAAGUGGGAUCAAGGAAAUCACAGUUGUCGGGCAGUGGGACUCAAGUCUACACGGUUCCUCUUUACUCGAUCGAACCUCGCCAGAGCGCCACUCAGUGAUGAUCUCAAUCAAACUCGACAUCGCCUCCACACGUGUUGCAGCUCCAAUGACGUUCACAAUCCAGCAAAACCUACAGGUACAUUCGCGAUCAUGGCUUCGCCCCCAGUCAAUGUUCAAGCAGCUUUGGAAAAAAACUAGGAUCAUUCACUACACCUCAGCCAUCUUCUCAGUAGUUCUAAAACCAGCACCCACAAAGCGCGCAGCAGACGUUUGGCGAAUGGACAGUCAAAAUACCUACGUGAAAGGCGAAGAGAGUCUUGCACACUGGCAACCGAGAGGCAUCAGCCUUGUAAAAGAUCUCGCCCGUUUCCAGCGAGCUCGACGACGGCAGACCGAAGUAGAAGCAACCAAAAUAUUCCUCCGGCGGCAUAACCAUCCCUCACAAAAGCUUACAAACGGGUUUUCAAAGCCCACUGAAUCUGGACUUGAGCCUCACCAAGAGCGCCUCCUCCAGAAAUCCCUCACCCUCUGGACCACGGCCUCGGCCUGCUCCCCUCCUGAUCUCUCCCUCUCAACCAGCACACUCCGCCCUCUCUCCCCUACCGCCACAUCUAAAUCCACCGCAAACGGCAUCAGCUGCGCCUCUUCCUCCCCCACAUCUCCCCGCCCUCCAGCCAAACCCGCUCUAACGGCCACCAUAACCCCUGCUCCGAAGAACCCCCGCCUCCUCAAGGCCGCUUUCCUUCUUACACCCACCACCACCCCCUCCGCCCACUCAAUAACCACCACAAACCCCCACACCAAGACCUCGAUCACCUGGCUCCGCCACUUCGCCGAGCUCCGCCCCCCUUACCUCCACCUCUACUCCGUGCCCUCGGGCGAAGAAGCCGCAACCAUAAACCUCAGAAACGCAAGGAUCGACAUCGAGCCCGUCAUUCAGCGUCUCCUGGACCCUGUCAUCGACGCUACAGGCAACGUAUCCAAUAAGAGCCCCGCGAGCGGUGGGAAGGGCGGGAAACACAAUAUUUUCGCCGUGUACGCGAGGGGCAGUAGUUGGGUUUUCGCAGCGCGGUCGGAGGAGGAGAAGGCCAGGUGGGUGGGGGCAUUUGAUGAGGCAUUUCUAGGCUGGGAAGCGGCGGCUGAUGAGCGAUAA